AUGGGUUUUCAGGCGUACGGCAACAACACACCCAUGCAAAUACCGAUGCUAAAACUGAACCAUUAUUCCACGUUCUCCUGGGAGGAAGGAAGUAUUGAGCAGAGAGGAUUUACUAAGGAAGAGGUAUUAUCACUACAACUAAUUGAAGCCGUGACGAGAAAAGCCGCCCGGCUGUUUGGAAUAGAUUUGGGGACACCGAGUACAAUGUUAAAGGGCGCUGGUUUGACUUUAAGUAUAUCUUUCGCGGACAAGAUAGCCGAUCCCUAUAUGUACCGACCAACAGAAGGAAAAGACAGCCGAGGCAUGUUCAUCAGAGACGCAGCUGCAGAUGAAUUUGAAGCUGGGAUGAGGAAUAAAAGCAAAUUGACUUGCGGUUGGUGUAAGUUGGAUCCGUCGGCCUCCAUAAAGAACAGCGAAAGAUCAUGGGCCAAUCUUCCUGCGCUGUUGAAACACCAGCAUUCUGGGUUCCACGCUCUCAAACCGAGAAACGUACAUGAUGCUAUCCAUAGUCACGCAGCCGAGCAAAACUUAGCAACUGAGAAAACUAGCCGUCAUCAUGAAACUACAGACACGAUACCGCAACAGCUCGUCGAAGUCAAAAAUAAAGUUGUAUCUGGUAACGGAGGAUUAGAGGACGGAACAGGCAAGAGAAACCUCGAGUUACCAAAACAAAGCAAAUACGACGACGCGCGGUGCACAUGGCUCAGAAACUCGGAGCGCUCGAAUGAGGUUGAACGGCCAAUUCUCAGCUUCUCAGAAGUAAUCACUGAUAGAUAUAUGGAAGAAAAUCAAAUGCGACGAGGAAACAACAAAGAAUGCAAUAGCCCAGUGCCGCCUAGUUUCGCAUCUUCACAAGAUCUUGAGGAAGUUCCAUCAGAUCGCAACUUUUUAUCGCCAACUGGGCAGGGCAUCAAAGCCCCUUGCCCUGUUCACGAACUUGAUGAGGAUUUACCUUGGGAUACUGCACCUGAAUCAACGACUGGUAAGUUUGUUGAGCCGCAGCCAGACUUAAUAAACUUCGGAGACACAACGUCUGAAACUCGAUCGACAGGGGACUGGCAAGAUCCUUGGAUGAUCUUCAGAGACACUGGCGAUACGCUAUUGGAUAGUUUCUAG